GCAGAGCGACAUGUACGAGUGUUCGCUGACAUGUUGAACGCACCAUCGAAAGUGCCCUGCCUCGAGCGUUGGCAAAGUUUAAACUGUCAACAAACUGAUGCAAGUCCCCUUCAGGUUCACACACGCUUUUACUAGCUUAUGCAAACAUUUUCUUCACACCACAUCUGAUUCAACCCAGAUUGUCAGGGGAAAGACGGAUAUUUUUGAUGUCGGACGUUUAGAUUGAGUCAGACUAUAGACAUGGAAACUUGCGUUAUGUCAGCGCUGGACAGACCCGCGACGGAGCUGACUGUCGUGGAUGUGUACGACAUAGCCGCGGUACUCGGGCAGGAAUUUGAACGGAUCAUCGACAGAUUUGGGUGCGAGUCUCUGGUCGGUGUGGUGCCCAAGGUGGUGCGGGUCCUGGAGCUGCUGGAGGCGCUGGUGAGCCGCGGACCUGCCGGGCAAGAGGCCGAGGAGCUGCGGAGGGAGCUGGAUAGGUUACGACAGGAGCGGAGCGACAGACACAAACAGGAGAGGAAGCAUCAGAAGGACUUGGAGCUGGUGGAGGAUGUGUGGAGAGGAGAAGUCCAGGACCUGCUCUCUCAAAUCACUCAGCUUCAGGCAGAGAACAAGAGGCUCUUAAUGAGCCUCCCUCUCAAAGAGCCUCCAGUCAACGAGGAAGACCUGCAGAAACAGGAGGGAGUGUCAGAGAAGGAGAGGCAGGUGAUGAAGAAGCUGAAAGACUUGGUGGAGAAGCAGAGAGAUGAAAUCCGGGCUAAAGACCACGAGCUGACAUUAAAAAACGAAGAUAUUGAGGCGCUCCAGAUGCAGCAGCAUCGGUUGAUAAGAAUCAAUCAGGACCUUCGUCACAGGAUAGGAGUGAUGGAGGCUCAGGGCAAAGCACUGAUCCAGCAGAGGGCUGAACUGGAGGCUGCGUACCAGGCACAGCAGCAGGAGCUGGGGGCUCUGCAGCUGGAGGUCACAAGGCUGAGAAAGGAGCUCCGCGGGUGGGAAUUGGAGAGAGAGGUCACUAAUAUAGUAGAAACCUCUCUUGCCACAUCUGAAAUCCCAUCGCUUACAUCACCACAGAUGACGUCCUUGGCAGCAACACCAGCUAACACCCUCAAAUCAGAUUCAGUGUGGGUGGAGUGUGGAGGGGACCCUGACUUUCUGGCGAACUGCUUUGAGCCUGAUAAGACUCCUUCCCCUCUCCCAAGGUCACCAAACAAAGAAAAUAUUGAGGAAAAGGUUGACGAUGAUGAGGACACGACAGCAUUGUUUCCGAAAACAUCAACUGAUAGAGAGCCAGAGGAGGACACAGACAGUGUGGAUGAGGAGUUUGACAAACCUCGCUUCACCCUGCAGGAGCUGCGGGAUGUCCUGCAGGAGAGGAAUGAACUCAAGGCCCAGGUGUUUGUGUUACAGGAAGAGCUGGCAUAUUUUAAAAGUGAGGAGAUUGAAGAUGACGUCAGCUCCAUUGUCUGUACUUCAUCUCCUCUGCCCUGCUCCAAAUCCACUGAUCUGCCCGAAUUAGGAAUUAGACGCUUGAUCUUCACUGCCAUAAUGCCGAUGGUGGCGGCUGGUUUGAUUGCAGACGACCCAACGUUGUUGCCAAUCAGAAGACUUGUUUCCUCUGUAUGAUGUUGAGUUUAAAUUCUUCCUCUUAAACCAUUGCUCUUUUUUUCUUCAGAUUAUGUUAACUCCAGUUUGUUUCUCCCAACACAUUUUGUCAGUGGAUAUAUUUACAAGAAUUGGUUAUAUCGCUGAAUUUUAUUAGUUAUUUUAAACUAAAUAUGUAUGGCAUUUAUACAUUUGAUACCUUCAUAAAUGAUGCAGUUUAGCUAACUUAGAACUUUAAACGAACCUUAGCAAUUAAAAUGUGAGGGAACUGGCCAUGUGUACUUAUGUGCUCUCAGGGUUUCGUGGCUCCGUCAUUAUUUGUCAGUGCAUCACUGCUGCAUUGCCAGACUUUCUCGAUUCAUUGCUUGAUCCAAAUACCAAAAUGGUGUGACUGUGUUAUAUUCCUCAGAGUAUGAAUUGAGUUUUCACAAGCACUUUAAAGUUUUUUUAGCAGCCUUUUGUGUCAUUUAUGUUUUGGUGAUGUUAAAAUGUAUCUGAUUGCAAACUACUGGUGUCUGAGUCUGGUUUUAAGGUUCAGUGAAAGAGCUGGAUGACCAUGUUCCUUUGUUUGUUUAAGAGACUGUUUGAGUUAAGCGCCAGCAGCUCAGUGCCAGCAAUAAAUCAUCCUCUGAAUGAAUGAAAAGAGGACGUCUCCUUGCAGCACUACAGUCUGGCACCAAACUCUGUGGUUUAUACUAGUACAAUUGUAAAAAUACCAGAAGAAACCCAUGCUGACAACAAUGAGUAUUGUAAAAAUGUGCCAUAACAACCCGUAUGUGCUGGGUUACGUCUGUAAAAUAAUGCUUGUUCAGAAUAAAUGUAAUAAAGUUUUAUUUUCUAUC